AUGCACUCAAGCACUGCGACAUUGGUAGAAACAUCGACCUCAGUCCCAGACAAGUUCUAUCAAAGACACCAACCGAUCUGUUCGAACAAGUCUGUGUCUACAACAGCGACUGCAGCUAGAAAUUGCAAUACAGUCACUGAGUCGCAGCCAGACGAACCGGAAGAAAAAAUUCAAGUCCAGGAGCAAGAUAUAGGUGAAAGUCAUCAACUUCAGUCGUCACCUUUAAGCGCGCUUGGUUUGUCUACGGAAGCAAACACGGUAAAGGAAUCACAAUCAACAAGGCAAGACAUUUCGCCAACAAAUUUUGGUGAUUCGACUGCUAAAGUUGUGCAUGAGAUAUGUGGUACCGAGCGUAAUGAACUUCGCCGGAAAGCUCAAGUGCUAACGGCCUCACUUCAGCAGGCAAAGCGUAACAACAUGGACGUAUCUUAUCAACAACACCAGCUUGAGGAACUCCAGUCAGAGCUCUGUCGGUUACUUCACAUUGAAGCUCAACUCAAAGAAUAUGAAAAACGGAAGAACUUGAUUGGAUCGACAGGAUGGAGGACUCCCAGCGCGAAGAAAGACUCUAACCACGACGUCGUUGCCAUCCUAGAUUCAUCGCGACUUCGAUUUCCAGAAUGCGAGGCCCAAAACGUUGCGAAGACCGAGAAACGUCACUGCCAUGAUGCCUAUGGUCACAGUGCCACGCGUAGUAAUGAUCUACUGCAAGCACCGAACACACAAUAA